CAAUAAUCCUGACGACCGCAUAAGCCAGCACGUUGUUCCACCCGCGGCAUCGCAGAAAAAAUCCGAAGCGGCCAGCCCAGAAUCCCGUCAUCCACCAAGUCCAACCACCACCACCACCAGAGGCGCCUUCCCGACCCGUACAUCGCCAGCUACCACUAAUUCCCGGCACCCACCAAGCAUAACAGACUGCCGAUUAAUUGCCCAGCAUGGCGCCCUCUUUCGACCACCUCCGCGACGAGGACCUCGACGAGGAUGACUUCGAUGUUGAUGAGGUCGACAUUUCCGAUAUCCGCGAGAAGUACGAGGUUCAGCUUGAGCAGGGCUACGAUGCCUUUGUCGUUGUCGAUGGCCUCCCCGAGGUCAACGAGGAGCAAAAACCCAAGCUCGUCAAAUUCUUGUUGAAGAAGCUCAACACUGUUGGCAAGACCCGGGAGGACCUCAUCUUCAUGCCCAUGGGCGAGGAUGGAAAGUCGCUGAGGUUCGCCUUUGUCGAGUACUCGUCGCCCGCCGAGGCCGCUGCCGCCUGCAGACAGCUCGACCUCGUCCCCCUCGACAAGAAGCACACCCUCCGCGUCAACAAGCUUACCGAUGUCGACCGCUAUGGUCGCGAGGGCCGUAUCGAUGACGAGUACACUCCUCCCAAGAUCGAGGAGUUCCAGGAGAAGGAGCACCUCCGCUCCUUCAUGGCCGACCCCAGCGGCCGCGGCAGAGAUCAGUUUGUCAUGUUCAGGGGAGAGUCCGUUGGUGUUUUCUGGAACAACGAGAAGGAAACGCCCGAGAAUGUUGUCGACCGUCAACACUGGACCGAGACCUUUGUGCAGUGGUCGCCCCUCGGUACCUACCUCACCUCCGUUCACGCCCAGGGUGUUCAGCUUUGGGGUGGUCCCUCGUGGACUAGGCAGAGGCGUUUUGCCCAUCCUUUUGUCAAUCUUGUCGCCUUCUCUCCCAACGAAAAGUACCUUGUCACCUGGUCCAACAGGCCGAUUUCGAUUCCCGAGGAGGGUCACCCCGCUCUUUCUGUAGAAGACGACGGCAAGAACUACGUUAUCUGGGAUAUCGAGACCUCCAAGCCCCUUCGUUCUUUCGCCCAGCUCGACACCCCCGCCGCCGCCGCCGAGGGCGAGGCUCCCAAGAAGGCCCCCAAGUUCCCCUGGCCCGCCUUCAAGUGGUCUGCCGAUGACAAGUACGUCGCCAGGCUGAACCCCGGCCAGUCUAUUUCCGUCUACGAGCUUCCGAGGAUGAACCUGUUGGACAAGACCGCCAUCAAGAUCGAGGGCGUUGUGGACUUCGACUGGGCUCCCGCCACCGUGCAGCGCGACGGUGUCAAGUCCUACGAGCAACUUUUCUGCUUCUGGACCCCUGAGAUUGGCAGCAACCCCGCCAGAGUCGGCUUGAUGAGUAUCCCCUCCAAGCAAGUUGUCAGGUCACUGAACCUCUUCAGCGUCUCGGAUGCCAAGCUCCACUGGCAGUCCGAGGGUGCUUACCUGUGCGUCAAGGUUGACCGUCACUCCAAGUCCAAAAAGUCUCAGGCUACCACUCUCGAGAUUUUCCGUGUCAAGGAGAAGGGCGUUCCUGUGGAAGUUGUCGACACCAUCAAGGAUACCGUAAUAAACUUUGCCUGGGAGCCCAAGGGCGACAGGUUCGUUAUUAUCACCACCACCGAGCCUGUCGGUGCCACCGCGGUUCCCCCCAAGACGUCGGUCGCUUUCUUCUGCCCUGAGAAGGCCAAGGGCAAUGCUGUUGGAAACUUCAAGCACCUCCGCACUCUCGAGAAGAAGAACAGCAACGCCAUCUACUGGUCGCCUAAGGGACGCUUUGUAGUCGUUGCCACUGUUGCCAACACUCAGAGCUCUGAUCUCGACUUUUACGACCUCGACUUCGAGGGCGAGAAGCCCGAGUCCGACAAGGACCUUACCGCCAACCUUCAGCUUAUGAACACCGCUGACCACUACGGUGUCACCGACGUUGAGUGGGACCCCUCGGGUCGCUUCGUUGCCACCUGGGCUUCCGCGUGGAAGCACUCUAUGGAGAACGGAUAUCAUCUGUAUGACUUCAAGGGUGAGCAGCUGCGCGAGGAGGCUAUCGAGAAGUUCAAGCAGUUCCAGUGGAGGCCGCGCCCCGCUACCCUCCUUAGCAAGGAGGAGCAGAAGGCCAUCCGCCGCAACCUCCGCGAGUACUCGAGGGUCUUCGAGCAGGAAGACGCCGAGCGCAUCAGCAGCGCCGACGUUGCCGUUGUCGAGGCCCGCCGCCGCAUCCUCGAGGAGUGGUUCGCUUGGCGCGAGGCCAUCAGGCAGGAGGUUGCCGAGGAGCGCGAGAUCUACGGCCUUCCGGCGGAUCCCGUUGCCGACCUCAUCAAGGCCAAGACCCCCGAGCUCGCCACCGACCAGGAGGAGCAGGUCAUCGAGGAGAUCAUGGAGGAGGUGUUGGAGGAGACCGAGGAGAUCGUUCAGUAAAUGUGCGAACAGGCGGCGGCAGUAGUUUGAUAUGUUGUGAAGUUACAUGGCGUACCGUUUUUUCCCGUUUUUCGAAAAGGUCAUCUGAGGGUACAGUGAAUAAAAUGAACCGGGUUCUUUCAUAUCUCUGGGCCUUAUUUUAUUUUAUUUUUGCUCUCUUCUUUCUACGUUGUACCUGUCUGGUUGUUAUAAAAGCGGUGCAUGCGUAGACUAGGCGGUGGAUUCCAAAAGAGCUGUUAGGUUGGCGCUUUAGUAUCAUUCUGGUUUUCGUAGAUCGGAGUCAGACUUCUU